CGAUAGGAUUUUAUUUAUUCAAGAAACUUAAAGCUGAAUAUACAUAUACGUAGUGCUCUUGAACUGUGAGUUUCAAACACCUUGAUAUUUAGGAUUUGCUUACGCUUUGGGCUUCAUGGUGUGAGCAGCCUUGGGAUUGUUGGUGUGGCAAAGCAGCUUGUCAUGCUUACCAAAGAUAGCCAUGUUGGUGGUGGUCAUGAAAAAUUCUUGAACUAUGACCAGCUUGGUGUGGUGGUCAUGGAGAUGGUCCAGAAAUGAAGAGAUUGAUCAACAGCAGCAACACUUUUGAGCUAGAAUUGUUUAUGAGCUCUCCAUCUUGUUCUUCGUCUGCCACUUUGAUCCAUAUUAUAUCAAUUGUUUCGCCUCGUCUCUACAGCCAAGCCGCCCAAUGACCCAAGAAUGCCAUACUAGCCAAGAGCUUCUCGCGGGGAACAGGCAGAUCCAGUCGUACGGCAGGUCGGGCAACGCGAAGCAAGCCAAGAAGAUCUUCGAUUCCCUGCCAUGGAAAGAUUCCUUCACCUGGAAUAUCAUGCUCUAUGCAUUUGCCCGCAAUGGGCAUCUGCGAGAUGCCGAGAGCCUGUUCGAGAAUAUGCCGUCACCGAGCAUCGUCUCACACACGGUCAUGAUCGCUGCAUAUGGAAAAACAGGAUGCCUUGAAAGAGCCAGAGGAAUCUUCAACAGGGCGACGAAUCGCACGCUGGUCUGUUGGAACUCUAUGCUCACAGCAUAUGCCCAGAACGGGUAUAUGCUCAAUGCUCAAGAGAUCUUUAAUGAGAUGCCACAGAGAAGCAUCGUCUCUUUUAAUAUUCUUCUCACGGCCUACUCGACCAACAGCGACAUCCAAAACGCUAAAAUGUUCCUAGAGAAUAUGCCACAAUGGGAUCUCGUCUCCUGGACGACAGUGCUAAUAGCGUGUGCCCGCGAAGGGCAUAUUAAAGAUGCCAAGAGAAUGUUCGAAGAGAUGCCACAGCAGGAUCUCGUUGUUUGGACGGCAAUGCUGGAGCUCUACUGCGACACAGGAAAUCUCGAGGCUCUAAAAAGAUUCUAUGACAAGAUGCCACAGCACGACAGGGUAUCGUGUAACGUGAUGCUCUCGGCAUAUGCCCGUAAUGGGUAUAUUCGAGAAGCAAAGGAUAUCCUUGCGGCGAUGGGAGCAAAAGACCUCUUCUCUUGCACAACCUUGCUCACUGCCUACACAGAAAGCGCAUAUAUUCUUGACGCUAUCGAGCUGGCGGAGAAUAUGCCGCAACACAACCUGGUAUCUUCCACGGCCUUACUAGUAGCCUAUGCCCAGUCAGGGCAUAUGUGGCUAGCAAAGCAAGUGUUUGAUGCCAUGCUAGAGCGCGACUUAGUGUCAUGGAAUGCUAUGCUAGAUGCUUACGGACAAGCAAAAGAUCUGGAGAAUGUUUGCCUAGUCUUUGAUUCUAUGCCACACCGGGACGUGGUUUCGUGGACGUCCAUUCUAGCGGCAUAUGCCCAGAGUGGGAAUCUGGAGAAAGCCGCAUGUACGUUUGAUUCGAUGCCCGGAAAGAAUUUAGUUUCCUGGAACGUGAUGCUUGCAUCUUACAUGCAGCACGGCCACUUUGACGAGACGCUGAGAAUCUUCUCUUUGAUGCCUGAAAGAGAUCUGGUAUCUUGGAACGCGAUGCUUGUGGCAUAUGCCCAAAACGGGCAUAUCCUCGAGGCCAAAGAGCUCUUCUAUUGCCGCAUGCCACACAGGAACCUGGCAUCUUGGAAUGCGAUGCUGGGCGGAUAUACCCAGUCCGGCCGCGUGGACGAUGCCGCAGCAUGGUUCCACAGGCUUCCAGAGAUUGACACCGUCUCGUGGAGCUCCAUCUUGACAGGCUACUCGCAAAACGCUCGAGCGAUCGAAGCUUUCAACGUCUUCCAUGAGAUGAAAGCUGUGGAGCUCCCAGAUCAAACUUGCUUUGUGUCCAUCCUCAAUGCCUGUAGCCAAACCGGGAAGCUCUACCUUGGAAGGAGCUACAUGGUGUCCAUGGGUCUCGACUAUGGGAUCUCUCCCACUAAGCAGCACUACUGUUGCAUGGUUGAUCUCCUGGGACGAGGUGGUCACCUGGAUGCUGCGUUGGAACUUGUCACAAACAUGCCUUACGUUCCCGAGGCUCUCGAGUGGCGGUGUUUGCUGGGAGCUUCCACUGGCCACCGGGACUUCCACACCGGGGCCUGUGCUACGAGCUCGAUCCUCGCGCUGGAGCCCGGAGAUGGAGCGGCGUAUGUUCUUCUGUCUAGCAUCUAUAGACUCGGAAAGGAUGCUCCUGUAAAAGAGAAGUUAGAAGUAGCAAAUUGAAGAACCAAACUCACUUACAGGUGAGCAAGCGCUUUUGUAGGUACGAAGCUUAAAGGAUGGAAGUUCUUCCAUCACACUAGAAAACUAUAUAUCAUUAGAAUCAAAGAAUAAGUUACUUCUAUUCACA